CAGCUGUUGUUUCUAUUUUUCAUUAUUGUUCACUUCAGGAUUUGCUUAUUUUUUCCGGCGAAGUUUCGAUAUUUUAAUCUAAAUAAUGCAGUAAUACUCCAUUGAAUUAAAAUGAUCAAAGCGGCAUCGUGUUUGGGUUCGCACCGGCCCUUAUCGGGACAAUUAUGCAAAUAUACAAAUGUGGUAAAGGGCUGGCAACAAAGGUGGUUCACGGUUGAUCCAGAAACCGGAGUACUAUCAUAUUAUCUAUUUGAUGGGCCUGGAGACACUGUUCAGCCUGGACAACCUGCACGAGGAGAAGCACAUCUAGCCGGCGCAGUGAUAUGUCCAAGCGAUGAAGACUCCAAGACGUUCACAAUUAACUGUGCGUCCGGUGAUAUGCUGAAACUGCGAGCCACUGAUGCAAGAGCACGUCAAGAGUGGGUUAACGGUUUGAGGGCAAUCGCUGAAGUCCAUACUAAGGCAAUGGGAGCAAACCCACCCCUACAACCUAGAGAGCAACUUGCUGUACAUGAUGCUAUGGCUUCUGCUAGACAACAACUACAAACUACUGAAUUAAGUGAUGCAGCCCUAGCAAGAUGCAUUGAGUCAUCUGAUUCACCUUUCCCUCACACUGAUCCAGACUUGUUACUUCUUAAGGCAACAUCAGCAGCAAGCAUGCAAUGUCUCUUACAAUGUCUAGGCAUCUUACUUCGCCAGCAGCAAUACGCGACAGCUACUAUUAAGAAUUCCAACAAUGAUAAUAGUCACUAAUUAUUUAUAUUUAAAAAAUACACUAAGUAUGUCUUUUUGUUGUACACAAAUUAUGAAAUGUACUUUUUUUACUUACUUAUGAUGUAAAUAUUUUUCCAAUAUCAUUGAAAUAUUAAUAUAA